UUCUUAUUCUAAAACCUUAACAAAGGUCAAGGAUUUUAUGGAAAAUAAAAAGAUUACAACAUGUAACGUUACUGUAUGUGACGUGUGACAGUCUCCAUGACAACAGGUGUACACAAACUAAUCCUGCAGGAGCAGAUCAAUGAUGAGCGGUGCUGAUCAAAUCACAAGAAAUGCCCAUUAAAAAAGGAAAGAAGGGAAAGAAAGCGAAGGGAAAAGGAAAGAAAGAUGGCAAGCAAGAGUCAAAACGUGCUAAGGAGUCUGAUACAGAGAGGGCUAAAGCAAACGCGGCCCUGUGGGAGGCCAGGUGUGAUCUGACGGAGAGCUCGCGCGUGGAGUACCGAGAAGCGGCGCGGAGACUGAGCAAAACCAACCAGCAGCUCACUGAUCUACAGCACAACACCGAGAACAACAGCAUCGAGAUCGUCGCUGUUCUGAGGAACAAAGACCUGCAAAACGAGGAGAAGAUAAUGGCACUGGAACAACAAAUACAGCUUGAGAAAACAAGGGCUUUUCAGGAAAAGGAGAAUCUGGCCGCUCAGUACACGCUAAAGAUCAAUGAGCUGGAGGAGAAGUUUAAGAAGAGAUCUAGCGAGUUCGACAUGAUUCAAGAAGAGCUUAAGAUCAUCAAUGACUUCCUUAAGAAAAAGCCUCAAAUGGAGCAAGAACUCAAAAAUAUGAAAGAAACUAUGGACAAUGCAGAUCUAGAACACAAGAAAACACUUGCAAGAAUGGAGCAAAAGUUCUUCAGUAAUAAGGUUCAUCUAGAGAAGGAAGCUGAGCAAACGAUUGCUAUGCUUGCAGAAAGAGCUCACAAUGAAUCCAUCAUACAGCUGGACAACGCAUCUCGCUCAAUGUUCAAGGAGAAUGUGCGUCUAAAUAAGGGAUUGGGUUACCACAUCAAAGAGGUGGAGGAUCUGCGGAAGAGAAAUGCAGCGCUGGCAGAAGAGAACAACAUCCUUAGUUUGCAUAAGGAGAUGAGUCAGGACACCUCAAAUGACACCAUAUCUAAGCUUGCAGCCCAGCGGACCACAGUUUCUGAGCUGAGGGCAAAGGUGUUCACACUGGAGCAGGCCCUGGCCAUCAUGGUGGCUGAGUUUGAGUUGGAGAUGUCUGAUAUCAAGCAGCGUGCUGCAGUCAGGUCUCAGGCUGGCGGUGUAGAGCUGGACAAACUGCAGAAGCUUCUGAGCGUACGGGACAGGGAACUGAGCCGAGUGAAGAGAAUAGCCCGCAGUGUAGUGGAGCAACGCUCAGACAUGGAGGUCCUCUUCCAUGAGGCUUUGAACCACAUGAAACAGGAGAUGCUAAUGCACAGACAGGAAGCAGAAAUGAAUCGUAGCAAACGGAUGGAUGAGUUCCUAACAGGCAGAACGGAGAACGCUCACAUUCACACCAUUAACAGAACACCCCACAGCACUUCCAGUGCUUUAGAUGAGGCUGAAAAAGGCAAUCUGAAGAAAGCCAAAGUGAACAUAUCAGAGAUGACCUGGGAGCAAAGAGAGAGAGUUCUUAGACUGCUCUUUGCUAAAAUGAAUAGCUUGAAAUCGAAUCUUUUCCACAGGAAUGAAGAGGAGGAAUCCCAUGCAACUUUUUUAACCCAAGCACCAGUUUCUAGUUUGAGCUCCAGUGGAAACUCCAGUGCUCUGCCAGACCUGUAGAUCAUCUGACCUCAUCACAGAUAAGAGAGCUAAAAAAGUUUAAUAUUGCAUCAGCUAUGAACUACCAGGAAGUGUUCAUGAGUGUCUAAACUACAACUUAAAAGAAACAACAAUAUUUUUUGACAUGGCAUUGAAGAUUAGAUAUGAGGGAAACUGAGUGAAAUAAUAUUCAAGAAAGACUCAAAUUGUCUCGGCAUAAAUCCACCCACAAUAUAUUGCAAACAAACAAUUAAAACAGUAUUUAAUACAAAAAAAAUUGGCCAUAACUUUAACCUUUCUUAUUUAUGUCUUCUGAUCUAUUUUUAUAGCUGAAUUGUGUCAUAGACAUUGAAAUACAGCAUAACUAAAUGUAACUAAAAUAACUAAGUAACCUAAGAAAUGAUGUAUUUUUGAAAUUAAGCGAAUGAAAAUGUACUGUAUUAGUUAUUUUGCCUACAAAACAAAUGUGAAAGUCAAUGUUGUUUUUAGACAUUUUUAUGUUGUAUUUGCAAACAUUUAGCCUAUACUGUAAAGAUACUGCAUUUUUUGCCAUUAUAAAGCAUUCAACAUAA